AUGUUUUACAGUCAUGAAAUUCUCACCAGCCAGGCAUAUGGCGUGGCGACGGUCUGGUACGAAGAUGCGCAGUGUCAGUAUGUUCUGACUGACGCCGAGAGGGUCCAAGCCCACAUGAGGGCUUUCUAUCGGGCGUUGGGCGGAAGCGACAACGCACUCGACCCUCAAGCCGGGAGAUCAAAGCGGAAGGAUCUGAUACUCGAGGACGAUCCGGAGUUCGAUCCAAAUCCUGAUCUUCCUGCAUUCCAUUUUGACGAUGAUGGGAAUCUGAUAAUUCCUCAGAUCAGUCAGACCUCGCGCAAGACUUCUUCUCAACUCUCGCCUUUGCAGCCAGACGGUUCUUUCUCCGGUUCCAAUCGCUCCAUCCUCGGCGGUUUCGAUCUCUCGCAGUCACCAUUCGGUGGCGGCGGCAUCAUUACAGAACCGUUCGGGGCAGGAACAAUGACGCCUGGUAAAGAAGGCGAGAAUCUAAUGCUAUUUGGUGACGAGGAACGGGAACUGCAAGCACUCGACGAUUGGGGCAUCGAAAUCGACGCGGAAGGAAACAUCGUGCCAGCUAUGGAAGAGCCCCAGUUGCCGCGACUACCACAACCAGACCAGGAGGAAGAUGCGGGUGCCAUCCAACUAGACGAACUUAUCCAGAUUGACGAUCAAGGUGAUCUGAUUAUGGCUGGUGCUGGCGGCGGCAAUGUCUUCCAUUCGGACCCGCCUCUUCCUGCGCAGCAGGAGCGGCAGCAGCAAGAAGCGCAAGAGAAACAACAUCGACGGGCACAAGAGGAACAGGAGGUAGCGGUUGAAGAUGAAGUUAGCUCCGGCCAGGCUCCAGUGCGCGCCCAGCGCAAACGGCGCCGUCCGAUCUUCACGCCCGACGAACAAACGAAGAUCACCCGGCAGGAACUCAAGGCGUGGUCUGCCGAUUACCUCGACAACGCCGAGCAGGCAAGCCAGCCGCGGCUAAGCGUCACGCUCACCGAAGCACGCAAGAACGCCUUUGACCUGGUUUUCGGCCGCGGCAUCGCCGGUGUCGGCUUCCCGACCGGCGUUCCGGGGUUUCCCCACCCCCUGGCAUCGCACUUCGCUGGUGAUGGCCUGCAAGCCCGACUUCUGGGUAUUGUCAUUGCCCAUCCCGGCGAUGGAAGUCUUGAAAGGCCGCGUGGCCGCCGUCGUUCCGCGUUUGAAGCGCUCGAUCUCGAACAAGACGAUGCAGAGCGCCGCGUACGCCGUCGACUAAGCGACGAAGAAGAGGAAGACUUUGAGCACGCCCAGAACCUGCUCCCUCAACACGGCGAUGACGCCCUUCCUCUCCCCGGAGAUGACGAGCUGCCCCCGGUAGAAGUAGGCAGGCGCGCCGGGUCUGCACUCCCGGACGUAUCCUCCGACGUGCCCUGGAACCGACCGUCCUCUCAAGUCCCGAGCUCCUCCGUCAAAGGCGCGGGCGCGGGAAGCAGACCACCCAGCCGACAGGUCAGCGCCAGCCCGCUCCACGGCCGAGGAGCUCUCCUCCCGCCCAUCCCGGGCCCCGAGAUCGAGCGCUUCAGUGACAACAACGACGACGCUCAGCAGCGCUUGCUCGACUCGGACGGUUUCGCGCCGUUACACUCCGGCCCGGCGGGCAGCUUCGGCAGCGGUUCCCACCCCUCCAACCCUUUUCAAGACCUCGUGAUGGGGGGGUAUCAAACGGCAUCUCGACGGAUGCGCGCCGCGCUGGACCGCGAAGGCCGCAAUUUCCUAGCCUACGUCGAGGCAGCCGCCCGCGAGAAGGGCUCACCCGACGACAGCGAUAGCAGAAAGAGAUGGGUGCCAUUCGAGGCGCUCUUCCAAGCUGAGGACCAGACGCGCGCCGUGGUGGCACAGGCCUUCUACCACGUCCUGUCGCUCGCUACCAAGAAUGUGAUCGAGGUCCGGCAGGACGGGCAGGGCGGCAAUGUCGCGUUUGGACCCAUCCGGCUUGGGGUGGAG